UGGCUGCGUCCUGUGUCGUCGCUGGGUCCUGACCGACGCCGUAGCUCAUCCCGUCGCCCUCCGCGAUCCUUCGUUUGCCCACAUAGACGCAUGUUAAUCAGCCCGAACGUCUGCCGAUGCCCACUACGCACCCCGCUAUCCUUAUUCACUAUCCUAUCGGCACACGGACUCGGCUGCCUCAGCAUACCCUCCACGGCAUUCGCGAUGGCUCAGGCCUCGACAUCAUUCAUCCUCGGAAACUGCAAAAACCGUCAUGGCCACCACGAAUUGGACACCCGCGCGCAUACCACUGUACUAUAUCCCUCCACACACUCUCAUCUGCCUUCGGACCGCCUGGCCUCCAUCGCGCCUUCUCCCCUGGACCGCGGGGAACGUGGCGCACUACGAGGGACGGCCGAUUGACCGACGACAUAUCGUUUAGCUCGUCAUCAAUUGCGUCAUCGGCCGCCGCCGUCCGAUCGAGCACAGCACCGCCACCCUCCUAUCCUCGACCUCCGCCACUCUAUCUAUCGUCGGUUUCGUCGCAUCUCGUUGUUAUUGUUUUCUCUCGCAAUUCCCUCUUCGGCGUCCCCUUUCCCCUCUCACGACAUCUCGGUUGUAUAAAAGGAAAGGCAGAUUGUACCCUGGGCUAUUAUUCUCCAUCUGCCAAGACUCGACGACGUGACCUGGGCCUGACCCGAGAUCUCUGGGUUAACUUGUGUAUAAUAUGUGGCAGGCCGGUCGCUCAUUGCCGUCGACGUGUCGUGCGUCUGGACGGCGCGGCGACACAGCGCGCGUCACGAUGCUUAUUUCGUCUGCUAUCUCGUCUCGGGCUCUGCGUAUUUAUUAUGCUCGCUCGCGGCCGCGCUAUGUGGUCGCCAUUGUCACGCUCUCGUUGCCGCCAUCGCUCGCGCCUCCGUCCACUCGUCGGACUGCCCGAGCCAGGCCGCCGCCAUCUCGACAAUCACCACCACUACCACCACCACACCGGCUCCGCGUAGACCGCCUCAUCCGGCUUUCCACCACCCGCCACACGCACCCACCUCCGUCACUGUUCUUGGUUGUGGAAUUCCUUUCUACAAUAUCUCCCUCUACAUACAUAAGUGUCUCUCCC